AGGCCCAGGCAUUCCUUGGUAACAAGAGAAAUAAAGAUUAUUGGUAUAAGAGAAGAUCUACGCUACAGUAUGUUACUGCUUGCGUUGGACCUGAUUGGCAUUCGACAUCUCGACUCUCUUCCUAUCUGGUUGCAUUUGUCGACUGUCGUCAUUUCGAGAAAUAUGAAGAGCAGGGGAGAUUACGCUGGGCGAGUAUUUCUUUACUUCCACCAGUAUCGGUAGCUCACAACCUUCAAACACUGUAACUACUGCUUAGAAGACAUUCGCAGCCAAGGUACCCGAGACCGACUUGUACCACCAUUCAGUACCACUCUAGAGUGUGGUAUUGUGACAGACUCAGUGGAAGUAGGACGAAACUGAUCACUUGCUACAUCAGCAGACCUCAGCAUGGGACGCGCCAGUAAGCGGAUAUCCGCUGGAGCAGCUCGGGCCUCUUGCCAAGAAAAGAAAUCCCUCGAUCCAAAUUCCAAUGCUAGUGAGAGUGUUGAGGUUGCGGAAGCUAGUAGAUCUACCUGCAGCAAUUCGGCAAAACCUGUAGCAGAGAGUCGACCAUCAGUCAGCGGCAGGAAAAUCAUGAAGACAGUUCGUGUCAUCGCAAAGCGAGAGUGCAACAACCGUGCCACCGCUGCCAGCAAAUCACUCGUUUCUGGACGCCAGUUUGCUCCUCCGUUCUCCAGACAGAAAGGAACCUCGACACUUGCUGAACAGCCUGCCACACCACCGCAUCCACUGUCAGAUCUCACCAACGUAGAAGUCCUCAAGGAUGCAGCAGCCAUAGCAAUGGGGGUGUGUAGCAUUAAGACAAGUUUGAGUGAGAGCAAGCCAGCUGUCGCAGCUACACCUACAGCCUGUGAGCACAACGUGGCCAGUCUUGGUGACGCACCGCAAGCAGUCGUUCAGAGCCGUGAGCGCAAUAGAACAGCUGAACGUCCAUGCAAGCGCCCCAUUGUCGACAACUGCCCCGAUGACCUGGACAACAGUGAAGCCAUGGAGACCGAUAACUCACCUGAUCAUCAAGAUCAAGCACCUGCCAGUAUUUCACCCACCGUGCCUUCCUCGACUGAGCAAAAGGGAAGUGAUGCAACUGACCCGUCCAAGGAAACAGAGCUGGUGGAGCCACAGCAGACACAGCCUUCUCAGUCGCUUAUCACACACACGGAGCAUGGUCCAGAUGGCAUUGACCGUCCGAGAUGUGAUGAUGUCAACGCUAUUGCAUGUGAUCAUGAGAACAAGACAUCAGCGCCAGCCAGCCAGCCACUUGGAAACCUGGAGGCUGCCACAGUGCCCAAGACUCAGGGUCACAUACCCUCACGACUGUCUGUCUCACUGGCGGGCAACAGUCCGAAACUAUCCAUUCCCAGCAACCAUCGAGCCAUUCCUGUCCACGGUGACAUUCCACCCAGCACUGAAAACUCAGAUGGCUCGAGAACGAAGAACACCACUGGAAGUGAUCCUAGCCUGAUGGCCGUUGAAGAGCCAGGCCUUUCAGUGGUUCUAGCAGAUCAGGAGACCGCCGGCCGCGACAAGCCAGAUGCCGUCGAAUCAGAACACGCUACAGUGUUGCUCUCCCCCGGAAUGCAAGAUCCCAACAAGGACACGAGGACACUGCAGAAGGGUAAUCGGCAUGUCGCCACUGUGCCACAUGGUGCUGUACCAACAGAAGGGCAAGGAGAGCAAGCAGCUAGUGAUGGCGGUGACACUGCACCGCUGCGGCACGCUGCUGAAGUGGAUUCAUCCGGUUGUCUCGCAACAGCCAGUAGUGAACCCAGAGAAAAUCAGGCUCCAGAUCCUUUGGCGGCCAUUGUGAAUGCAACUGUCUCAGAAUCAGUAUCAACUGUUGGUGCUCCAAGCGAGACUUCUUCAACGGAUACAAACUGCCCUGCAUCCAGUACUGCCCAGCCACAAUCUUUAAUUGCUAAGCAUAAAGUGGAAGGGAGUGCUGACAUAGUGAAUGACAAUGAGGCAAGGGCUAUCUCUACUUCACCGAAUUCAAGUCAGCAGACGUUCACAAAGCCACAUCGCAAGAUUAUUCCCAUCCAGUCGCAAGCAGCAGUCCCAGAGCCAGCCACUGAAGAUCCUUUAUCACCGAACGGUGCGUCUCCGGGGCUCGCGAAGCCAGCGUGUUCGAAUCAAGCUGAGGACAUGUCGAAGGCAACCGAAGCAAAAUGGAAGAGCUCACCGGCUAACGCAGCACCUCCACUGAUAGAUGCAUCGCCAGUGGCAACAUCAUUGGCAGAGCACUGCACCCAGAGUGGCCAAUGUUGUUCUGUGAUGGGUGAAUGCCUGGAUGCUGUACUGGAAUCACUGAAUUCCGUCAAGCCCGAGCACCUAAGCGCUCAGACACCCAGUGUUCAUAACACACUUGAAGUGCUGCUGGCUGACGUGACCGAGCUAAACAAUACCAUCAUGUCUGUACAUCGGCGACUGGAAGCAAUCAAGCGACGGCACGUAUCCAAGGCUAGAACCGUCUCAGCCAGUCGAAGGGCUAGGCAGUAUGUGCCAUACCAGCGUAAUGUGGCCACACACACAGCAAGUUCAGGAACAGCCAGUUCUGCAGGUGCCAUGUUCCCAUUCUGAAGCCCUCGUCAAGCCAAGCAACGGGUCGUUACCUAGUGUAUACAUACAUCACGGUACAUGUA